AUGUCCGACUACGGCGACGACUACGAAGAGCCCCAGGAGCGUGGCUUCGACGACGACUACGAGGACAGGAGGUCGGAGCGCUCUCGCUCUCGAUCCAAUAGCUCUAGCAGCUCUUCCUCCUCAAGCAGCGAAAGCCACCACAGCUCGCAUCACUCAAGCCAGGAAGAAGACAGGCGGUACGAAGAUCAGCAGGCAUACCAGCAGCAGCCGACCAACUCAGGGUCAGGCGGGGCAGGUCUUGGUGGACUUGGCGGCGGCGCUGCUAUGGGAAUGAUGACGGGCAUGAUGGGCAAGCUGAUGAGUGGUCAAGGCGGUGGAGGUAAUCGAGACGGUGGCAACGGCGGGCAGGGGCAGCAAUACGGCAGCCAGUACCCUCAAGGCGGUUAUGGUCAGCAACAGGCGUACGGCCAGCAGCAGUACCCUCAGCAACAGUACGGGCAAGAUCAAUACGACCAGCAGCAAUAUGGUGGCGGGGGAUACGACCAAGGAGGCUAUGGUGGCGGUGGCGGGUACCAGCAGCAAGGAUACGGCGGACAAGGAGGCUACGGUGGGGAUUCUCGAGGAGAUGGCGGCUACGGAGGUCAAGGCUUCCCUUACCCCGGUGCGCCCCCACAACAAUACGAGCCCACCAACGCCGGGUACGCCCCUCCCCAAGCUCCAUACGGUGCCCCGCAACACCAAUUCGGCGGCCAGUUCACCGACCCUCGUUCUGGCGAGACUGCUCAGGCGUUCUUUGAGUAUUCGAGGUGUAGCGGUCGCCGAAAAGCUCUUUUGGCACGUACCCCCAUCUCAUCUGAUAUCGGUAUCAACUACAUCGGCACCUCCUCCGAACUCUCCGGCUGCAUCAACGACGCCCACAACAUCCAAAAGUUCAUCACCGAGCGAUACGGCUACAAACUCGAGGACAUUGUCAUGCUGACCGACGAUACCAACGACCCAAGGACUAUCCCGAAUAGAGAGAAUAUUAUCAAGGGCAUGAAGUGGUUGGUGGAUGGAGCGCAGAGGGAUGAUGCUUUGUUCUUGCACUACUCGGGACACGGGACGCAGGCUGAAGAUACGGACGGGGAUGAGCAAGAUGGCGACGACGAGGCUAUCUGUCCUCUUGAUUACGAGACCGAAGGGCUCAUCAUCGACGACGAAAGUGACCACGAGCUCUGUGUCCGACCUCUUCCUGCAGGUUGUCGUCUCACCGCCAUCUUCGACUCGUGCCACUCUGCCACCGUCAUGGACCUCCCUUACGUCUACGACACCGAAGGAAACAUCAAAGAACCCGACCUCCUCCAAGAAGCCUCCGAAGGCCUCCUCGGCGCCGGUAUGGAUAUCCUCCGCGGCGACACGGACGGUAUCAUGAAGUCUCUCUUUGGUGCUGCCAAAUCGGCAUUUUCGGCGGAAAAGGCAGAUGAAAAGACGAAAAAGACAAAGACGAGUCCGGCGGAUGUUGUGAUGUGGUCGGGGUGUAAGGAUGAUCAGACUAGCGCGGAUACGCAGGAAGCUGGGAAGGCUACAGGUGCUAUGUCUUAUGCUUUCAUCGCCUCGCUCAACAAGAACCCCAACCAGAGUUAUCAAGAGCUUCUUAUUUCUGUGCGCGAAGAGAUGAAGGGCAGGUAUACCCAGAAACCGCAGUUGAGCGCUUGUCACCCUAUCGACACGGAUCUGCAGUUUGUUGCUUGA